UGCUGAAGGGGCGUGUGUGCCGGCCAGUCUGCGCAAGAACGACAGCGCGGUGGUGGAUGCUGAGUGCCAGUGCCAGAAGGGUGCUGCUGCUGCCAUGGCCGACAACCAGUACUGCGUGAAAGGUGUGGGGGCGAGCGUCCCUUCCUCUUCCCCAUUCACCUCGCAUGAGCAAGCCCUGUCCCCCCAACCCCAAGUGUCCCUGGAACAGCAGGAAGUGUCUACCUACCAGAUCCAGCCUGCUGUUUCUCACACCCAAUCUCCUCGCUUUUCUCGUCCCAAACCAUCCACCCCAACACCCCCCCCCACACACACAGUGACAAAUAAGCUGGUGCGCAAGCCGUGUCCAGCCAACCCCAAGUGUCCUCCCAGCAGCAUCUGCCAACCCAACUUCCUCUCCCCUCUGGGUUACCGCUGUGCCUGUGCCAAGGGUUACCGCCCCGUGGCAGAGAAUUACUGGACCGUUACCAAGUGCGUCGCUAUAGAGGUGUAG